CGGGUUACAAAACAACCGCAGCACCUCCAGCAGCAGCGGCCGUUGUUCGCAGCUCGCGCCAUGGCGGCAGUACGUAGCUUACGGGUGUCGGUGAAAUCAGACAGCGGCUCGGACCGCUCGGACUCAGACUCCGACUCCGAGUCGGACAGAGAUGCCCGCGAAGCCGAACCGAUGGAGGUGGAGGAGGGAGAGCUGGAGGCGGAGGACAUCUCCGUUAACCGUUCCCUGAAGGAGCUGCUGCCGGAUACGAGCCGGCGAUAUGAGAACAAGGCUGGAGCGUUCAUCACCGGGAUUGAUGUCAACUCAAAGGAGGCGAUCGAGAGAAAAGAGAAGCGAGCCAGACGUUUCCAUUUCCGUCCAGAGGAGCAUGUCGAUCAGAGGAACGUCUUCUUGGAUAAAGACACCAUGAAGAAAGCUAUCCCCAAAGUGCGCAUGGAGGCCAUCUACGUGACGGGCGUGGACGACAUGAGCACGCAGGACGUCUUCGGAUACUUUAAGGAAUAUCCUCCAGCACACAUCGAGUGGAUCGACGACACUUCCUGUAACGUGGUUUGGCUCGAUGACAACACAUCCAUCCGCGCCCUCAUCAACAGCAGCCGGAUGCCUGACGAGCAGACAGUUACCGCGGAAACAGAAAGGACGGAGCGAGCCGACGCACAGAGCAAAGGUCGCCGGAGUCAAGGGUCAGAUGACGAUGAGGACGAUGAAGAGGAGGAGGGCGAGGUGGAAGAGGACGAGGAGGAAACUGUGAAGAAGAGCGGUGAGGAGAUCGAGGUGAAAGACAGCGAUGGAGAGGCGGAGCAGAAGACGAAGGCGGAGAGCGUUCAGGUGGAUGACCUGUCGAGGGCAGAGAGAGAGUCUCUGCUGAGAAACGACCUGCGACCCGCCACCAGAGCCUUCAAAGGAAACAAACUCUUCCUGCGCUUCGCCACACACGAUGAUAAGAAGGAGCUGGGCGCCGCUCGUCGCAGCCGAUACUACAUGAAGUACGGAAACCCGAACUACGGCGGCAUGAAGGGGAUCCUCAGUAACUCCUGGAAGAGGAGGUAUCACAACCGGAGGAUCCAACGAGACGUCAUCAAGAGCAAGAAGCCUCUGAUCGGAGACAGCAUGGGACACACGCCGCCAUACACACAUCGACACUCUGCUGACCUGGUCAACCUGCCCGAGGAGCCCAUCAAGGAGGAGGAGGAAGAGGAGGAGGAGGAGGAGGAGGAACGUGACGAGGACAUGGACUCAGACGACAGGGUGGUCGAGUACAAAGAGCGAGGCGAAAGGGGCAGUGGCUCACGCUCGCUGGGGGCGGGGCUUCGCAGCCACGCGGAGCGCUCUCCAUCGCCGUGGUCGGAGUCGGACGAGAUGGACUAUGACCUGGAGCUGAAGAUGAUCUCCACACCGUCGCCAAAGAAGAGCAAGAAGAUGACGAUGUACGCUGAUGAGCUGGACACUCAGCUGAAGAGCAUCCGGAACAGAGUUGGUGGGUCAGGAUCACAGCCCAGGGCCAAAUCACCGUCUCCCGCCAAGGUGACAGACGUUCGUCAGCUGCUGGAGGAGAAGAGACAGGGACUGUCUCAGCACAGACAGACGCCCCCGGUGGUCACCAGUGGAAAGACAGACGUGCGGCAGCGGCUGGGGAAGAGACGCUACUCUCCCGAAAGACGGCGCUCCCCCUCCCCCGUCUCCACCAGAGACACGCCUCCGGCCAGAGAACCAAUCAGAGACGUGCAUCGCAGACUGGGCGUGGCCAGUCAAGACAGCAGAGGCGUCUACUCCAAUUCAUCCAAAGACAGGAAGACAGGUGGGUUGUGGAGCAGACUCGGCUCCGCUGAAGAUGACAGCGGCGGCGGCCAUCACGAGCGUAGGUCGAGCAGCCGGUCAGCAGGUCUCUUCUCCUCGGGGAGGAAGGACGUCAGCGAGGGCAGCGGCAGGAAACGCGGCAACGGAGAGGAGGAAGAGGAGGUGGAGGAGGAAGACGACUCAACGCUGCAGAAGAUGUGGGGCGCCAUGAUCAAACAGAAACAGGAGCGUAUGUCCCACAAGAUGAAGAAGAGCCGGCUGGACAACCUGCCGUCGCUGCAGAUCGAGAUCAGCCGCGACAGCAGCGACGACUCUGACGCCUGAGACUGAGCUGCGGGGGGAGGGGGAGUGGGGAGGAGGAGGGGGGGAGGACUUCAUAUCGCUCUUUUCUCCAAGUACAAUAAUAUAAAGACAUGAAGCUGAUCUGAGGCCAGUGUGGUGGGUUUUCUGUUUCCAUAUUUGUCUCUACAGUCCAGGAUGGACGACCCAGUGGACCGACAGGAAGUGAUAGAAGGGACUGUUAUCGUUUCUUGUUGUCAGAUAAACAUAGAUCUCCAGAUGGUGUUUUUCUUUUUGUUCGUUUUUUGUUUUUGUUUUUUUAAAUAUUGACAAUCUGCAACCAAAUCCAAGCGAACAUUUACAGAGAAACACAAACCUGUGACGUGUUUCUGUGAAACUGAGUCUGGUGUCAGAGAGAAUCUGUUCGUCUCCGGUGUCGGAUAAUUGCUGAAGAUCAGCUGCAGCACCUGAGAGCUCCGCUUCACCUGCACAGUGUCGCUGAAAGAGACGGAAAACGACCUCAAAGAGACAAAACGACAACAGAGAUACUUUAAAAUUACACAAAAUGACUGCAAAGACACAAAACGACAACCACCAAGAGAUGCAAAACAAUCACAAAAAGAUGCAAAAUGACCUCAAAGACAUAACGACGACCUCUGACAGGUGCAAAAUGACAAACACUAAGAGACAAGAAACAACAACCCCCAGGAGAGGCAAAACAACAACCACAGAGAGACUUCAAAUGACCUCAAAGAAACAGAAAAUAACCAUAAAGACACGACAAGACAGAGUUUCAAAACAGCCACAAAGAGACUAAAAAAAUGUCCAAAAAGACACAAACCAGAGAGAGAUGCAAAAGGACACAAAACCACGACCACCAAGACACAGAAGGACGACCACAGCGAGAGACAAAAUAACGACCACAAAGGCACAAACUAUGACCACCAAGAGACGCAGGCUGACAACCACAGAGAGAUGCAAGAAGAUGCAAAAUUACCACACAGAGACUAAAAAACAACCACAGAGACACAUAAUGUCCUCCAAGAUGCCCAAAAGGACAGAAACCGAGACACACAAGAUGACGACCACAGACAGACACAAAACAACCAGAAAGACAAAAUGACCGACGCAAAACGACCACUGAAAGACACAAAUUGACGACCACUUCUGAGACGCAAAACAAAAACCACCACCGAGAUGCAAAGUGACCACAAAAAGACAUGGUACAGUUUGUCUCCUGUAAACCCAGAGAGCUGAUUGGUUGGUGUGUUGUGGUCGUUUCACGUCUCUUUUAGGAGGGGGGAGGGUUUGGGGCCCCUCUACAUGUGUGUACCCAGAUCUACACUCCUGUUUAUGUAUGAAAUAUCUGUGCUGAUAUUUAUCAGCCUUUUCUCGGUUGUUUUCUUGUCAGGAUGUAACUGAGCAUCAUGGGAAACUUUCCCCCUGACACCCAAUCAGAUUCUCUCACUCCUCUCAGCUGGCCAAACUUUCAGUAAAUCAUUCCUGCGUCACCAUGGAGAUGUUGGUCGAGCUACGAUUGUUAUUUUUUCCUGAAUGGACUUCCUCUGAGAAUCCAACCCUCGACCUGCGUCAGCGCUCGGGACCAUUCCUUCAUGCUUUGAGCUCAUCCGGCCGCAACGAUCAGAUCCAGGAUCAGAUCAGAUCCAGAAUCAGAUCAGAUCCAGGAUCAGAUCAGAUCAGACCCAGGAUCAGAUCAGACCCAGGAUCAGACCAGACCCAGGAUCAGAUCAGAUCAGACCCAGGAUCAGACCAGACCCAGGAUCAGACCAGAUCCAGAUCCAGGAUCUGAUCAGAUCCAGGAUCAGAUCAGAUCCAGGAUCAGAUCAGAUCAGACCCAGGAUCAGACCAGAUCCAGGAUCAGAUCAGAUCAGACCCAGGAUCAGACCAGAUCCAGGACGAAGUGUUUUUACGUUUUCAGUGUGAGCAGACUUGUGACGUUGCUCUGAAAUAGAACGAACUGAUGAAACAGACUCAGAGAAAAGAGACGUGAUGAAACCAGAGGAGAGACGGAUUAUUUCCAGACAUGAGCAAUUUCUUCCACUUUAGAAAAAAAAAAAAAAAAAAAUCACCUUCUGUUAUUGAUCAGCUGCUUCCUGUCUGUGUGGACAUCAACACUGUUGUACUUCCUAUAUCAGUCCACUCACAUCAGUCGUGUUGUUAUUUUUUAUUAUUUUUUAAUCUAAACUCUCAGAGGCCACGACGUCACAGGUGGUCUUGAAUUUAGAUUACUGUUACAGUGUUGGCUAAAAGCUUUAUUUUACACGUCUGCAGGACUUCCUGUUGAGUUUUACCAGAAUGCAUUGUGUUAUUUGGAGGGGAAAUAGAGACAAAUGAAUCAAACAGAAUUAAUUAUUGGAGUAACGUCCACAGGCGGUGUAUCUGAAGGACACCUGGGUUUAAAUCAGGGCAGCAACUACAAAUUUUUUUUUUUAUCAUCAGCUGAUCUGCAGAUGGAUUUUAGUUGUUGCGGCUGUUUUAAGUUAGAUUUCCUCUCCUGUCAUCAGCGCCAGGUUACAGAGUUCUGUUCAGGAAACUUGUGGAAAGGAUUGAAAUAUGUCAGACCUGUAAAAUAAAGUGUUGUCACUGUCGUCCACUCUGAGUUUUGACACUUUGUGAAAACAUGUCAGAAGUAAAACAAGUUGAGUCUCUGCUGGAGGAGCACGGCUCUUACUUUAAACACUUUGACAUCUGAUGGUGUUUCUAAACAUCUGUCUGCAAAAUGUUUUUUAUUAUAUCACUUUCAUCUUAUACUGGUGACUCUGCAGAUUUAUAAAGUCUGACAAACACGAUGUUAAAGCAGCUGUAGUGACUGAGCUGUGUGUCCAUCAGUGUGUUUUUAUCAGCAACAUUAGGAAAGUUAGUUGACAUGUUCUCCCUGUGUCAGUGUGGGUUUCCUCCGGUUUCCUCCCACAGUCCAAAGACAUGCAGGUAAAUUGGUGACUCUAAAUUGUCCGAAGGUGAAAAUGCAACAAUGAAUGGGACGUUUCCAGUCACAGUUCCAGCUGGACGAGGACAUCUAACUGGCCUACUGUCCUUGUCCCAGUAUACAAGCAUGGGAGGGGAAUCCAUUUAUCGAGCCAAGUAUGUGCGACUCCUCUACGAUAGGUGGAGAUAUGCCCCCUUUCAGCUUGUUAGUAUUGGACCUUUUUCCUGUUGACCUAUUACGUCACAGACCAAACAAUGGACAAACAAGUUAGCUACGGUUAGCUAGCAGCUAACUGGUACCAUGGUGGACAACUUUACAGCUCUGUACAUUUGGUCCGUCCAAAAAGUCACGGCUCUGGAUGUAGAUUUCUCCAUGUUGUUACCGGCUUCUUCUUCUCUUACACAUUUAAUGCUAUUGGACUUCCGGGUCAAAGCCCGGGGCGGAAACUGUGGAGCACUUUAGGGCCAUUUCAGUCGUUCACAGUUUCCGCCCCGGACUUUGACUGUCAUACCAAAAUCUGGUCUUGCAGAUCUCAGUUUGUAGAGAUUAUGGUUCAUCCUGAGGGGAGCGUGCAUGUCUGAGCUGAGACGUGUCUGUCUUUAACGGCAGCUACAGUCGUGUUCCCUGAUUAAAAAGCCUUUAAUCAGAGUUUUAGUGUUGGAUGACAGAUACAACAUCUCUCCUCCCAGUCUGGUGUUACUUUACUGAGUCUAUUAAUAUCCAACCAGCUGGUGAGGAGCCUCACAUGGCAGCUGUGACACUGUCAGCUCUCUGCUGUCAACAACACCAUUCAGUCUCUACCAGUCCAGGAAAUACACCCUAACAAAACACACACAUUCCCUCAAAGUUACUGAAAUGUUUACAGUCAGCUGUUAGCUGUUUGUUAAAAUCACACAUCUGGAUCAUUCUCCUUUAACUGUCAGAUAUAUUUUUGUUUUUAUUUGAGUUCGACAGAAAGAGGAAGGAGCUGCUCAUCAUGGAGAAUAUACUGCAGUUAGUUUAUCUUUAGGAAACAUGAUGAAUUAGAGCUGGAAAAAACCUGACAUGCAAUAUAACUAAAUCAUUUUUUUAAGCGGCAGACAAAGUCAGAGAAAUCUGUCUCCUGAUCGACUCACAACUUCAAACAUUUGUAUCAGUGCUUUAAGAAACCGACAACAGUUAAAGCCCAGAUUGUCUCUUUAUCAGACACCAGCCGACUGGGAGGAGCACGAGACUGGAGGUUAAGCCCCGUUUCCACCGAGCAGUUCGGUUCAGUACGUUUAUUUUCCGUUUCCAGUGUGAAAAGUUGUGGAUGGUUCCAACAGAAGCGUUCCUUAGCGUCCCCAUGUUUGGUCCCCCCUCUGUUGGGGUACCUAGCACACAGAUCUGGUACUAAAAGGUGGAGCUAGAAACCCUGCAGUCUGAUUGGUCAGUAGAGGACGGUCACUCUGGUUUUAUGUAACCUCUGUUCAUA